GACUCCCGUCAACACACUGGAAACCAUGAAGCUGACUGUGCUGCUGUGCUCCGCUCUGCUUCUCUCGCUCUCUGUCCUGUCCCUGGAGGCUAAGACUGUGACUCCAGACAGUGAGGACAUGAUGACAUCUGGAGAACAAGAAGUUGCACAGAAUGGCUGUAAGAUGUAUAAAGCAGGAACCUGUACCAGGGAGUACGAUCCAGUAUGUGGCAGUGAUGGAAAAACCUACAGCACUGAAUGUGUUCUCUGCCAGAAGAAUAGACUGGAGGAGAAGAAUGUGACAGUGAAAGGAAAAGGAGAGUGCCCUUCUUAACUGAAAGUGCUGCGCAGUCUCACUCUCUCUCUCUCUCUCUCUCUCUCUCUCACACACACACACACACACACACAAAUCAUAUCCAUACUUGUAUCUGACAUUCUCAAUAAAGUUACAAGCUGCA